AUGAGCCGACAAUGGAUGUACGAUGACCGAUGCUCUCCCGAGUUCAUUAAUGGCGUGCAAACUUUUCUGCUUGCGGCUGAGGCAAACAAGCGGGCGGAUGGUUUUAUGCCUUGUCCAUGUGCUGGCUGUAAGAAUGAUCACAAUUACUCUAAGUCAAGAACCAUUCACGUCCACCUGUUUGAGUCCGGUUUCAUGCCCCACUAUAAUGUUUGGACCAAGCACGGAGAAAGAGGGGUUAUGAUGGAAGACAAUGAAGAAGAAGAGGACGACGACAGCUAUCCUGGCCAUGGGUUCCCUGAAUACGAUGAUACAACAAUGGGGGAAGAAGCUGAGCCGGCAAUGCGGGAAGAAGCUGAAGAAGAGGCAUCAGAUGAGCCCGCUGAUGAUCUAGGUCGGGCCAUUGCCGAUGCAAAGAGAAACUGCGCAAGUGAUUUGGAGAAGAAGAAGUUGCAGCGCAUGUUAGAGGAUCACAAGAAAUUGUUGUACCCGAAUUGCGAAGCUGACAAGAAAAAGUUGGGCACCACACUGGAAUUGCUGCAAUGGAAGGCAGAGAAUGGUGUAUCUGACAAGGGAUUUGGAAAGUUGCUGGUAAUGAUAAAGAAUAUGCUUCCAAAGGACAACGAAUUGCCCGAGAGUACGUACGAAGCAAAGAAGGUUGUCUGCCCUCUAGGGUUAGAGGUGCAGAAGAUACAUGCAUGCCCUAAUGACUGCAUCCUCUACCGCGGUGAGUACGAGGAUUUGAACGCUUGCCCGGUAUGCGGUGCAUUGCGCUAUAAGAUCAGCCGCGAUGACCCUGGUGAUGUCGAGGGCGAGCGCCCCAGGAAGAAGAUUCCUGCCAAGGUGAUGUGGUAUGCUCCUAUAAUACCACGGUUGAAACGUUUGUUCCAAAACAAAGAGCAUGCCAAGGCGAUGCGAUGGCACAGAGAAGACCGUAAGAAAGACGGAAAGUUGAGAGUACCCGCUGACGGGUCGCAGUGGAGAAAAAUCGAGAGAAAGUACAGGAAGGAGUUUGCAGGUGACGCAAGGAACGCAUGGUUUGGUCUAAGCGCAGAUGGCAUUAAUCCUUUUGGGGAGCAGAGCCCUAAGCAACCCGGCAACGACAUUGAUGUGUACCUAAGGCCAUUAGUUGAAGAACUCUUACAUCUGUGGAAUGGAACAUGUGUACGUGCGUGGGAUGAGCACGGACAGGAAGAAUUUGACCUAAAUGCAUUGCUGUUCGUGACCAUCAAUGAUUGGCCUGCUCUCAGUAACCUUUCAGGACAGACAAACAAGGGAUACCGCGCAUGCACGCACUGUUUGGAUGAUACCGACAGUAUAUAUUUGGAUAAUUGUAGGAAGAAUGUGUACCUGGGACAUCGUCGAUUUCUUCCGAGCAGGCAUCCCGUAAGAAAGAAAGGCAAGCAUUUCAAAGGUGAGGCGGAUCACCGGACGAAGCCUCGCCACCGUACUGGUGCUGAUGUACAUGAUAUGGUCAAGGAUUUGAAGGUAGUCUUUGGAAAGGGUCCUGGCGGACAACCUGUUCCGAAUGACGCUGACGGACGCGCACCCAUGUGGAAGAAGAAAUCUAUAUUUUGGGACCUGCCCUAUUGGAAAGACCUAGAGCAACGUAUGCACGGAAAAGACGGCAUACAUCAGGGUCAUGCCAGCUACGCUCUUACCAAAGAAGAGAAGGAAAUCUUCUUUGAAUGCCUGCUCAGUAUUAAGGUACCGUCUGGCUUCUCGUCGAAUAUAAAGGGAAUAAUAAAUAUGGCAGAGAAAAAGUUCCAGAACCUAAAGUCUCAUGACUGCCACGUGAUUAUGACGCAACUGCUUCCGGUUGCAUUGAGGGGGCUUCUACCGGAAAACGUUCGAUUAGCCAUUGUGAAGCUAUGUGCAUUCCUCAAUGCAAUCUCUCAGAAGGUAAUCGAUCCAGAAAUCAUACCAAGGUUAGAGAAUGAUUUGGUGCAAUGUCUUGUCAGUUUCGAGUUGGUGUUCCCACCAUCCUUCUUCAACAUCAUGACGCACGUCCUAGUUCACCUAUGCGAAGAGAUUAACGUUUUGGGUCCUGUAUUUCUACACAAUAUGUUCCCCUUUGAGAGGUUCAUGGGAGUCUUAAAGAAAUAUGUUCAUAACCGUGCUAGGCCAGAAGGAAGCAUCUCCAAGGGCCAUGAAAAUGAGGAGGUCAUUGAGUUUUGUAUUGACUUUAUUCCUGACCUUAAGCCGAUUGGUGUUCCUGAAUCGCGGCAUAAGGGCAGACUGGAUGGAAAAGGCACGCUAGGAGGGGAUCAAAUAAUAUGUAUGGACGGACAUUCUCUCACUGAAGCACACUACACAGUUCUACAGAAUUCCGCCUUGGUGGCUCCGUAUAUGGACGAACACAAGAAUUUUCUACGCUCACCAUCUUCGAAUAUAAUGACUUUCAAAGGGUACGAGAUAAAUGGGAAUACAUUUUACACGAUCGCCCAAGAUAAGAAGAGCACCAACCAAAACAGUGGUGUCCGCUUUGAUGCAGCAACCAAGACGGGUAAGGAAACAUAUUAUGGUUACAUAGAGGACAUAUGGGAACUUGACUAUGGACGUGGUUUGAAGGUCCCUUUGUUUCGGUGCAAAUGGGUCAAUAUGACACGAGGCGGGGUAACGGAAGACCCGCAGUACGGAAUGACAACAGUGGAUCUCAACAAUCUUGCGUAUGCAGACGAACCAUUCGUCCUAGCCAAUGAUGUGGCACAGGUUUUCUAUGUGAAGGACAUGUCUACCAAGCCGAGAAAAAGAAAAGAUAAGGAAGCGAAUGCAUCAUACGAUGAGCCAAAGCGCCACAUAGUUCUUUCUGGGAAGAGAAACAUCGUGGGAGUGGAUGACAAGACAGACAUGUCAGAAGAUUAUGAAAAGUUUGAUGCAAUUGCUCCAUUCACAGUGAAUAUUGACCCGAGCAUCCAGUUAAAUGAUGAAGAUUUUCCAUGGUUACGGCGCAAAGGGACACACGCGGAGAAA